AUGGCUGCCAAGAUACACAUAAUAAUGAAAUCUUUUACGAGCCAAGCUAACAAAAUUGAAGGGGUUAUUCCAUAUGCACAGAAGAUUGGAUUGCCAGAAUCACGAUCCUUGUAUACCGUGCUACGAUCGCCUCAUAUUGACAAGAAGUCUAGGGAGCAAUUCUCGAUGCAUGUCAAGAAACAAUUGCUGGUACAGAAAUCGGAAACGCACGAGCUGCAGAAGAAGCUGUUCUGGCUGAAGCGCCUGCGCCUGCUUGGUGUUCAGUAUGAAAUCCAAGUCAGUUUCAAGACUCGUUUGGACAGGAAGAAGCUCCAAGCUGCUUUGUAA